AGUGUGCGCCCAGCUGAGAACACUAUGAAGUGGCAGCCAGAUGGAGAGCUCCCCAGAGUAUCAAACCAGCAGUAAACCCAAGAGACAUGGGAAGAACUGUCUGAUGAGAGCUUUGGACACUCACAUCGUGUUAUCAUUUUAGAAACCACUCUGCUGCUGGAUAUUUUUGGAUUCCUCUUCAUCAGAGCGCCGAGUUACAUUUGCAAUCAUGAGCUUCCUUUUUGACUCCAUCCUUAUGGUUAUCUCUCAGUCCGGUGUCCUUUUCCCUCUUGUCUACAGCUCCUGUUUUUCGGCUUUGGUUGGCUGUUCUUCAUGCGCCAACUGUUCAAGGACUAUGAGGUCCGGCAGUAUGUUGUACAGGUUGUUUUCUCUGUGACCUUUGCCUUCUCUUGCACUAUGUUUGAACUUAUUAUCUUUGAGAUUCUGGGCUUGUUAAAUAGCAGCUCUCGCUACUUUCACUGGAAGCUGAACCUGUGUGUGAUUUUACUAGUCCUUGUCUUUGUGGUACCUUUUUACAUCGGCUACUUUGUGGUGAGCAAUAUUCGACUGUUGCAUCGCCAGAGGCUGCUCUUUGCGUGUGUCUUAUGGCUGACCUUCAUGUACUUUUUUUGGAAACUCGGGGAUCCAUUUCCAAUUCUUAGCCCCAAGCACGGCAUCCUUUCCAUAGAGCAGCUGAUUAGCAGGGUAGGAGUAAUUGGAGUGACAUUGAUGGCCUUGCUGUCUGGGUUUGGUGCUGUGAACUGCCCUUACACAUAUAUGUCCUACUUCUUGAGAAAUGUCACUGAAGCUGAUAUUCUUGCACUAGAGAGACGUCUUCAGCAAACAAUGGACAUGAUUGUCAGCAAGAAGAAGAGGAUAGCGACGGUCAGACGAAACCUAUACCAACGAGGAGAGGUUCACAGCAAACCAAGCGGCUUUUGGGGAAUCAUAAAGAGUGUUACGUCAUCCACACCUGGCAGCGAGAAUCUCACUCAAAUUCAGCAGGAGGUAGAUGCUCUAGAAGAAUUAAGCCGUCAGCUUUUUCUGGAGACAGCUGAUCUUCAUGCUACUAAGGAGCGCAUUGAAUAUUCUAAAACCUUCCAAGGAAAAUACUUCAAUUUCCUGGGUUAUUUUUUCUCCAUUUACUGUGUGUGGAAAAUCUUCAUGGCGACAAUCAACAUAGUGUUUGACAGAGUUGGGAAAACAGACCCGGUUACUAGAGGAAUUGAGAUCACUGUGAAUUAUCUGGGUAUACAGUUUGAUGUAAAGUUUUGGUCUCAACACAUAUCCUUCAUCCUUGUUGGUAUCAUCAUUGUCACAUCAAUUAGAGGCUUACUGAUUACCCUCACCAAGUUUUUCUACGCAAUCUCUAGCAGCAAAUCUUCCAAUGUGAUUGUGCUCCUACUGGCUCAGAUCAUGGGAAUGUACUUUGUUUCCUCUGUACUACUGAUUCGAAUGAGCAUGCCUUUGGAAUACCGCACCAUAAUUACAGAGGUCCUCGGAGAACUACAAUUCAAUUUCUACCACCGCUGGUUCGAUGUCAUCUUCUUGGUCAGCGCUCUGUCCAGCAUUCUCUUCCUAUACCUGGCACACAAGCAAGCUCCAGAAAAACACAUGGCUUUAUAGCAAAUAUUGAUCCACUGACCCGCCACAGGGAGAGAGACUCCUUUUACUGUUUGGGAGAUCAUUCAUUGACACACAUCCAGGUCAGGUUUCUGAAUCCUAAUCCUAUCCCAAUAAUCAGGGAACUCAGCACUUUGGGUCUACAAGAGUGAUUUCAAUCUAACUGUGCAGUAAACCCAUUUGGUGCAGCCUAUAAUUGGAAACAAAACGUUUGCCAUAUUUAAUUCCUCACCUGCCUGCCUGGUUGGUUGUGCUGUCAGACUGCUUAAAUUGAACCAACUUUGAUUUUUUUUUUUUUUUUAGCAAAAAACCUCAUUGAAGACUUUCUGUUUUCUCAAUAAAAAUGAAGUUUUAGAAACUAGGAUAGAUAGAUCACACCUUUUUGUGCUUCCUCUAGACUGCUAAACAGCGCUGUAAUCACGGAGAUCUGGAAAGGACAUUGAAGGAGCUUUAAUAAGCAGAAGGUUUGGUGACCAGUUGACACGUGUCUCUGUAAAAUCAGAGUCCUCCAACCCCACUUAUUCCAGGGUGUACUUGAAUUGUUGGGUAUUUAAUCAUGCUGCCCUUUUUGUUUAUUUGGAUGCUAUUAAAUAAUUUUAAAUAUGUUCA